AUGAUGGGAAGCCGGCGGCAAAUGGAUGACCCUAAUUUUUGCACGCAUACAGCAUACUUUGAGAAUGUGGCAUGCACACAUGAUCUGAACAUAAUUGAGAACGUGCCGGAGUAUGGUGUCGACAUCGUCCGUGCUGCACUCGGGCCUCGCUUUGACAUCAAGGCCGUGAAGAUGGACCCUCGCAUCCUGGGCUUAGGCGUGGCCCGCUCAAGGAUCUACAUCGUGGCCAUUCACAAGUCGAAGUUGAAAUGGAAGGCCAAGUUUUCAGUUGGUGAGUUCAUGGAUGCCCUGACGUCCCAAGUGGUUCUGGGUUGUACCGACUAUUACUGGAGAAAGCUGCCUCGUCAAAAUCUCUCUGAAUGUGAUGAGCGGAACCUGAAGGACUACCAGAACUCCUCCCGCUACAAGCACAAGAAGGUGGUGGAUCUUUCACAGCUAGCUCGGAACAAUCGCGGUCGGGGCGAACAUGGUCGCUUCCUUUCUGGAAAUGAGCUGAUGGCCUCCCACACGCUGCCCACCACAUCUUUGCAGGCGAGGUUGUCUGGCACGCCGAAGCUGAAGAUGGAAGGUCUUUCUGAGUCAAACAAGGUUAGAAUGAGUGGCAACGCAAUGAAUGUUCCCUGUGUUGGAUGCAUCAUUAUGUGCUGUGUGCUGGGAUUGGAGUGUAUCAAAGAAACAAAGUCCCCCUGA